CUGAGCGGCGGGAGUUGUCCCAGACUAAUUGGAUUUGCAAUUCUCAACCAGUCAGUCUACUUCGCACGAGUAGACUGAACUUUUCGGCUAUUUGAAGUUCGGCACUUGGAACAGAGAGCACUGCUGGCACAGAGAAGAACUGUGGUACUAGCCUUUGUUUACGAGAGACCUGCUUUCGGAUGGUUUGGUAACAAUAUCAAAUAAAGCAUUAUUAGACAUGAUUUUUCAGAGACUUAAUCGUACAUUCAUGUUGAAAACUUACACCGAAACUUUGAAUUGGAUGGCCAGGCAACAUGGACUUCGUGUUGACGAUCUGAGGUAGUGGAUUUCAUUAGACUUCAGCCAAAAAAAUCUCCACGUGUUUUUGAAAAGUUUGUUAUUAAUUUUUUUGGAAGUUUCUGACUCUUAAAAUCUAAUUGAAUCUUCCGAUAAAAAAUUGUUAUUGGUUGUGAUUAGUUUAUUUUCGAAAAUAAACAGCAAUUAAGCAUUCGGUAAAAUUGUACGAACUUUUUAAAAAUUGAUUAAUUAUCAAAAAUGAGCAGCCACAACGAUCGAUUACGAGGGCGAGCUGGUUUCUUCCCUUCGGGUCUGAAAUUCCCACCGUUUCAGGGUUUGUGCUUGGACAGCUCUGCUUACCUCUCCAAUGCUAUGGGCGGCCCCCUCAUGGUCCUGAGUUCCACCUGCGGAGACGUCACUCCUCAUGCCCAAAGCCACGUAACUUUCGCCGCUCGGCAACCGCCCGGGCGGCUCGAUGGCAACAAGGAGGGCACAAAUGUUUCAACCAAUUCUUUCACCAGUCCCACGUUUCCCGUUCGCCCCCUUUUCGGUCAAGGGGAUCCCUACUCCUCCCUGUCUUCACCCCUUCUCUCUCUUCAACACCCUCUGCUAACCAGCCAUGCGUUGGGGCGAAGUUAUCUUAAUGCUGGGGCUUUUCGACCUCUGGGACUUAUGGAUGACCGCAAUGGGGCUUUUCAUGGAUCUGCCUUUAUGCCCGCCAAAUGUAUGAAAUUGGAUGGAAUCUCCUCAGGUGGUGAUCUAGGGGGUCCCCAACCCCUCCUUUUGGGAUCUUGCUUCCAAGGCAAUGGAAACGACAACAACUUUCAUCAGAGUCCAGCAAACUCGACGGGCUCAUCUCUCGGACAAGGUGUGGGAUCAUUCAUGGAUGGGAAGGAUGAUAGAGGGGACAGUGACUCAAUGGCCGAUGGGGCUGAUCGCAUGUCUGAGACACCGAACUUAUCCGAAGAAUCUCGGUCGAUCGAACGAUCUACACCCGAAGAUUCAGGAACCCCCAAACGCCAUAAGAAAUACUUUCUCGAUGGACAGACUCCGUACUGCCCUGUUUGUGGAGUUUCUUUGCAGUUGUCUGAGCUUUCGUCACACUUCGAUUUGGAAGUGGAGAGACUAAUGGAAAUGAACAAAUGCCCGUCUUCACAUAUGGAAAUUUCCUCGAUGCAUUCGCCAUUUUCCUCUCCACUGUGUAUGGUCAGGAAAGAUGAGAAAGGCAAACCCGAAUCAAGAUGGGAGACAUAUCAAAGGGUCAAAGGCAAUCGAACAACCAGACUUACAUCAGCGCGAUGCGUCCUGAAGAGGAAGAAAUGGGAUGAUCCCAACGAGAGGGCGCAAGAAGAGGCUGUGCAUCUACUACCCCCGGGCCUCAGAAAGAGGGAACAUCCAGAAAUGGAUGCCGAAGGUGCCAUAGACAGCAGGACGGCUGCGAACUUCAACUGGGCUGUCACCGCUCGGCUGCACGCGUUUGCGAAUUUGCAGAGAUCGCUACCUGAUUUCUCUGCAAGGAAGUUUGAAGUUCCCGAAGAUGAAAAUCAAGAGCUCAACGUAGAUGGAGAUGACAGCGCUACCUAUGGACAGCCUCAUUAUACAGAAGCCGAUGUUAUAACAUGUUCUACGGAAGAUAAUGCUGACAACAAAGAACAGAUACGUCGAUUGCAAACUAACGACUCGAGUUACCAAAGGAUCUCUGAUUCUAGUCAAUGGAAUGUGAAUGGAGGUAACAAUGCCGAAGGUCAAGAAGUGACGAGUACGUGUGUCAGCAAUAAUGAUGCGAGUAGCGAGUGCGUUUCUCCCUCUGAAAAGGGCUCUAAACCGAACAAGGAAGCCAAUGGUGAUAACCCCAAAGAUCAAAUCGAAGACGGGAUCAAAUGUCUAAUCUGUAUGGAACCUUUUAUCAAACCUGUUGUCUCAAUCUGCUGCUGGCACGUUCAUUGUGAAGAAUGUUGGUUAAAAACCUUGGGAACUAAAAAGCUGUGUCCACAGUGCAAUAUGAUUACUUCAGCAAGAGAUCUGAGACGAAUCUAUUUGUGACUUUCUUAAGCUGCAAGUUGCCCUUACUACUAGUCAGAAAUAAUCAACGACUUGCAAAUAUAACCCUGAUUUAUAGGCUAUCGUUACGCGAGAGACGCACGUAUGCGUUGGAAUCUUUUCUUGCUGACUAGUUGACUGAUCUGACAAAAACGUCUGCCUGCACCGACCCAGUCUACAGUUUCUUGUCAGCAUUAAAAAAUGCGCUGGAUUUUAUUUGCAUUGUUGAAUAAGAAGCUCUUUGUUAAGUAUUUUGGAAAAUGAAUUGGAAAUCUUUUUUAGUAUUAUUUUUAAGUUGUGCUAUUAUGUAUUUUUUCAACGGUAGAUUUCUGAGAAUUAAGUAUUAAAAUAUAAAAUGCGCAUUAAAGAAUGUUUCUCCCGGUGUUACUUUUUAUUUUUAUCGUGUUUUAAUCGAGUUACUUGCAUAUAAAGUUCCUGGGCUGAUAUGAAAUAGAAAGUAUAACUAAAGUGCGCGUAUAUUUUAGUUUGAUAAUACUGAUUUAUAUAAAAUAUUAAAUAUUGUCCUUAUUUCGAUGCAUUCGUUAAUUGCCAAUAUAUCAAAUAAAAGUAUGUGCUUAGAUCUAAUAAUAAAGAUUAUUUAUACGAUGUCGAUUCAUCUAUACAUUUGAUCUAUAUUCGACCUCGAAUGUUACGGGAAUGUUUCAGCAAAAGUUCAUUUUGACUUAAGGAAAAAAAAAUUGCUGAAGAUGAACAAAUUGCUCUUAUGCAGUUAUAAAAUUACCAGAAAAAAAAUUAAAGCAUCAUUUCUAAAAUAAAAAUGUAUCUAAAUCUGUUAUGAAAACGUGGAUCAGUAAAAUUUUAGCUUUGAGAAAAAAAUUGAUCAGAAAUUUUAUCAUUGGUGUAUGUUUUAUAUCACUUCUAACAUUUCUUUUGUUACUUUUAAUGUUUUAGCAUUCAGUUUUUUUUAUUGCAUUUUAGAAUUUUAGUGUUUUUUUUUUUUAGAAUUUUAGCAAGUUGAUUUUAUUGAAAUAUAUUUGAUUUUUAUAUGCCAAAAUAAUCAAAUGUAAAAAUGUUGAUGAAUUCGUCUCAAAAUGUAUCUUAUGUACAUGCAAUUAAAUUAAUUUCCCGAACAAAAAACGAAAACGAAAAAGUAAUAAACUCCAUUCAAUAUUAGAAAAUGAAUGCAUUGUUUCUUGACAUGUUUGUAAAUAUAUAUUGUAUCGAAUAAUUUGGAAUUUUUACACUGGGAUAAAAAAAAAGCAUAUAGGAACUAUCAAAAUUGAAAUAGAAAUAUCUUUGAUAAAUAAUCUGUAAAUUUGUUACUGUUAUCCUUGUUAGACACAAUAAAAAAUGGAGUGUUAUAUUAAAUGUAAUUAUUCAUUUUGUAUUGAUUAUAGUUGUUUAUAGAUUUAGUCCUUUGUAUAAAAUCAUCCACUUCCCUGUUGUGUUGUUAUAUUUGAGCUGUUUUUCCCUGCAUGCCAAAAUAAUUUCUGCAGACUUUGUGAAAUUUCUGUUAUGUACAAAGUAAAUAAAA